AGAGCGCUGACUGGUUCUGGAGCCAGACGAAGCCCAUGUGGACCUCCUCCAGCACCGUCCCUGUCAGCGCGCACACAUGGCGCGUGUUGUUGUUCCUGCGUCGGGCCACGUGAGCGCCGAGCGCCGCUUCCUACUGGCUGGCGAGGGACAAGAGAAAAGGAGGCUGUGAGUGUUUUUCUUCACACAAGUCAACCCGAGACACGGAGACGUGAAGACGCGGAGCCCGGACCGUCUCCGAACGGCGCCUUUACGCAGAGAGCAGCAGAACCAGGACGCUCCGCAUGUCCGAGGGUCGCGUGUUUCCAGUGUGGCGGGGGAUCCGGGCCGGUAGUGGCGUCGGAGGCGGCUGGAGCCAGGGCUGGGGCCGCUGCUUGAGAUGGGAGUCGGACAGCCCAGACCAAAAGGCCAGGUCCCCGGUGUUUGACUACCCGGUCUGGGUGGUCCUCUGCCGCGGGGGGCGAGCCAGGCUCAGGGAGGUUUGUCAGAGAGGGAGAGGUGCCAUCAGACUGCCCACAGAGAUGCUCAGCAUCAAGCUGCCCCAGCUCUUCGACAUCCAUCAGGUCCCCAAGGUGUUCAGGGAGGACAACAUCAUCUCCGGAUACCGUCACCCACACAGCUCGGCGCUGGACUGCGUCCUCAGCAGCUUCCAGAUGAACAACGAGACCAUCAACAUCUGGACCCACUUCCUCCCGACAUGGUACUUCCUGUGGCGUUUCUGCGUCCUGUGCUCCACGCUGAACUUCCUGACCGACAGCUACACCUGGCCGCUGCUGGUCUACAUGCUGCUCAUCUGCGUUUACCCCUUCACCUCCAGCUGCGCUCACACCUUCAGCACCAUGUCCUCCGAGUCGCGCCACAUCUGCUACUUCUUUGACUACGGAGCCCUCAGCCUCUACAGCCUGGGAUGUGCCAUAAGCUACGGAUACUACGUCAUGCCCGACUGCUGGGUGAACACUUGGCUCCAUCAGCAUUUUGUUCCCAUCGCCAUCGGAAACACGCUGUUCUGCACCAGCCUGUCCUGCUACUCCAGGUUCCUGGAGCUACAGUUCCCACAGAGAAGCAAAGCUCUGAGGACCGGAGCGUUCAUCGUCCCGUUCAUAUUCGACACUGUCCCUCUGUUUUACAGGAUCCUCCUGUGCUGCGGUGGAAGCUGCAGCCCGACCGAUGCCUUGUCCAGUCACUGCUACCACCUGCUCUUCGCCUUCCUCACCUGCUUCCUGUUCACGGCCCACCUCCCGGAGAGGCUGGCCCCGGGGCGCUUCGACUACUUCGGCCACAGCCACCAGCUCUUCCACGUCAGCGCCGUGGUGGGCACCCACUUCCAGAUGGAGGGCGUCAUCGCAGACAUGAUGUCGCGCAGGUCGUGGCUCGCGGCCCACGGGGUGACGCCGUCCUUCCUGGGGACCAUCGGCGCGCUCGCCGUCAGCCUCGUCCUCAACCUGGGCAUCAUCGGCAUCUUCAGCGCCCCGCUGCUGUGGAAGCCCUGCCGCAGCUCCAGCCAGCCGCACUCGUCCACCUGCGAGUGCAAAGAGCAGUGAGGCCGAGGUCUGGCUCAGCAGCUCCCAGGAGCUCCACACGGACCGCUUCACAUCCACAGAUCAGAGGGUUUUUAUGCUUCUCCUUCCCCCAAAGUGUUUUUCUAACAGCGUUACACCUGAAGUAUGUUUGCGUGUUUACUCAGAAGCUGAGGACCCAGCCACAUUUACUGAAGCCUUUUUCUGUUCAGCUCGAGAGGCUGAAAACAAAGUGUGACGGGGCAUUGAAGAAAAGGCUGUGGGUUGCAGGAAGCAUGCUGUCGUAACACAACGCAGAAGUGCCUUACUGUAGACGUCAGCACGAGUUCACAGCUCAAACUGGAAACAUGUCAGGUCACCGUUUGCAGGGAUUAUUUAGUGCUGAAGUGCCUGUUGGAGGCCGGACUCUCCUCCACAUUACAAGGGUUUACCCCAGAGAUUCUGUGUAACUGGAUUCACCCAUUAUUGAGGUUGUUCUGCGUGUAAAACAGCACAGACAACUCUCAAUCAAGCCGUCGUAAUAAAAAUGCAGAUUGGAUUGGCGGCUCUUAUGUAUUGAUUCCACUCCGCACUGACUGGAAUUGAUUUGCAGACCAGUGCGGUUCUUGUUCUGAUUGCCUGCCUUAUUAUGAACCCCACAAUCUGCCCUCAACAGGGGGAGAGGGAGAAAAAAAAAAAAGUUGCAGCGCGGCGGUGAUUAAAAGACAGGUACCAUUUUUAUACCGUUGUGUUUCCAUGGCAACGCUGUGGCGGCCUCAUGCCCCCUGAAGGUCUUCAACAAUUUCAUGUUCAGAGCAAACGGCACCAUCACCAACCGUCAGAUAGAAAAAAGGAAAUACUGGUGAUCACGGAGAAACGGAGAAAUUAAAAACAUAAAAAUUUAAAAAGCAUGUUUCUAGUCGUGUAAAAUGUCCAACGUCUGUGUUUGUAGUAACCGUCGGUGGAUUUAGGAGCAGCGGCAGAGGAGGCGGGUAUCUAGCGGUAGUCUGGGCUCGUGGUAACCUGGUGUUCCAGUGUUUUGGUGCAUUAACAAACCUUUACUAGGGCGGGUGUCUCGGGGACUCGUGUUUACAUUUACCACUGAAAUAAUAACUGUCUUUUCUAUUUAUAGAGUUUUAUAUUUAUUGCUUGUUUAACGUGCAUGAAGAGGAAUGAAGAUGAACCGUAGAUGCAAAAUGUCUCCUUUCUCUGAGGUGGUUUUUGUGGAUUAUUGAGCCUUAAACAGGUGGGAGAUGAUUUUCACAUCAUCAGGUGCAGAUGUGCUGGACUCUCUCGUUUCACUCGCUGGAAUGUGGGUGACUCCUGCUUUUGUUGAAUUUCUUUUUUAGUUCAGACAAAAGAAAAAAAUCUGGCGAAGAAACUCAAAACAGUAAAUUCGGCGCUGGCCGUUGGUAGUUAAGUGCGUUUUCAUUGUUGUGCAGCCGCAGACAGAAACACGUCUCAGGCUGUUUCUUCUGCUGCUUCGUGCUUAAUUGCGGGAGCUGACAGCUUCUAUUAGAAUUUCUUUUCAUGCCUGUAGGCUGAACAGAACUCUGGGCCCAUUUUCCUCCUUUUUUUUCUCGAUUUAAUAGAAAAAAAAAUCCGAUUAUUGAGUAAUAAAACAGUAGCAGCCCUUCUCUAUGUGGUGAAACAGGAGAGAGUCGUGCAGAUCGCUGUGUCGAGUAAAGCAGACUCUUUUUGUCACUUGUUUUAAGACCCAAUAAUGCACAGACAUGACUUCAUAAAAUGCAUUAAUUAGAUAACUCGUUAACACCUGUAUACUGUCAUAGCAGCACUGUGUCAUGCAUUCGUUGGGUUUUGAUUGGAGGCUGGGUGUCACAUGUUCCUCUCAUCUCUGCUGCAGCACUGACACACAUAGGGACAGGCUUCAGUCGCUUUGACUUAAUGAAAGGCUUCAAGUCUGUAUAAAACUAAUUUCGAAUCACGUUUUCUGGCACAGAUUCACACCUUAAUCCACCUGUAACACCUGUAACACCUGUAACACCUGUAACACCUGUAACACCUGUAGCUAGCGCUGACGAGCUGCAGGGAAGCACGCUGCUAACACACACACUCGUAGAGAAGCUGAUUAGAGGGGAAACGUAUGUGAUAUGAUGGGACUGAGGUGUGUUCCAGGUCCAUGUUGGAUGCUGAGGGAGGAACGUCAGAGAGGGAACGUGUAGAAUCACACACACACACACACACACACACACACACACUUUGGUGUUAGAGCAGCUGUUUAAGACGUGGUGGUGGUUCGUGUGCAGGUGUAAGAGUCGCGUCGUCCUUUAUGUCCCAGACAAAACAGCAGCUUUGGGUUUUAUGUGCCGAGCAGCACCGAUCGAUCCUUUUGAUUUUCUCUCCAGUCAUCAUCUUACAGCAUUCCUCGCUUUGACCCGCUUGAUUCUUGGAAUUGCAUCAUUACGGGCUUCUGAUGUGGUUCUUUUGCUGUGGACACAAACUAGUUUGAAAGCUUUUACUUCUGAGCUGCUGGUGGUGGGUUUUUCUUGUCAUCUCAUUCAUUCUCAGCCUUUCGCCGUUAAAGCUGCACAGCUCAGACAGGAGGCCCAUUUGAGCUGCAUCACUUCUGAACAAAAUCUCAAACUGACUGUUGAACUCCUCCAGACCAGAUCACUGUAACUUUGAAGUUUGUCGUGUCAAACCUCGCAGGUCCACGUUUCUGAGUGGACAAGCUGACGCAGGUCGUAAUUAUCAGGAAAACUGGGCACUUAUUCGUGGAUUCUUUUUAAAACUGUACAGUCUAUUGAAGGAUGUUUGUUAAUGUGAAGCUGAGAGCACAGACGAGGGCAGGAGGAACCAUCUGACAAACGAGUUCAGUGAAAAAAACAAGUUAUUGGUGCCUUUUUUUCUCAAUGUUUUGUACAACUUUUCUUUUGAUAUAAUGCUCUGUUCAAAAAGACAACUGCUCUUAAUGUAUAAAUACUUAUUUGUUCUUUGCUGUGUAUAAUUUGUAAUUUGCUACUUUUCUCUACUAGACCUGUGUAAUAAAUUAAGCCUUUUGUAAACGAA